GCAGGAGGUUUCGGCUAAGUUGGAGGGACUGGCCACGACUGCAUGCCGGUGCCUGCCAGGUGAUAACCGCCUCCGGUGACCCAAGGGCCUGCGACACAAGGAGUCUGCAUGUCUAAGUGGUAGACAUGCUCAGCUUUGUGGAUACGCGGACUCUGUUGCUGCUUGCAGUAACUUCGUGCCUAGCAACAUGCCAAUCUUUACAAGAGGGAAUUCUAACAAAGGGCCCCACUGGAGAUAGAGGACCACGUGGAGAAAGGGGUCCACCAGGUCCGCCAGGCAGAGAUGGUAAAGAUGGUCUCAACGGCCCUCCUGGUCCACCUGGCCCUCCUGGCCCCCCUGGUCUUGGCGGGAAUUUUGCUGCUCAGUAUGAUGGGAAAGGAGUUUCACUUGGCCCUGGGCCAAUGGGUUUAAUGGGACCCCGAGGCCCUCCUGGUGCUGCUGGAGCCCCUGGCCCUCAAGGUUUCCAAGGACCUGCUGGUGAGCCUGGUGAACCUGGUCAGACGGGUCCUGCUGGUGCUCGUGGUCCGCCUGGUGCUCCUGGCAAGGCUGGUGAGGAUGGUAACCCUGGAAAGCCUGGACGACCUGGUGAGAGAGGAGUUGUCGGACCACAGGGUGCUCGUGGUUUCCCUGGCACUCCAGGACUUCCUGGCUUCAAAGGCGUGCGGGGACACAGUGGUAUGGAUGGAUUGAAGGGACAAGCUGGUGCCCCAGGUGUGAAGGGUGAACCUGGUGCCCCUGGUGAAAAUGGAACUCCAGGUCAAGCAGGAGCUCGUGGACUUCCUGGUGAGAGAGGACGUGUUGGUGCUCCUGGCCCAGCUGGUGCUCGUGGCAGUGAUGGCAGUGUUGGUCCUGUGGGUCCUGCUGGUCCCAUUGGGUCUGCUGGCCCGCCUGGCUUCCCUGGUGCACCUGGUCCCAAGGGUGAACUUGGACCUGUUGGUAACCCUGGUGCUUCUGGUCCUGCUGGUCCCCGUGGUGAAGUGGGACUUCCAGGUGUCUCUGGCCCUGUUGGACCUCCUGGAAAUCCUGGAGCAAAUGGUCUCACUGGUUCCAAGGGUGCUGCUGGCCUUCCAGGCGUUGCUGGGGCUCCUGGUCUCCCUGGACCCCGUGGUAUUCCUGGUCCUGUGGGUGCUGCUGGUGCCUCUGGCCCUAGAGGACUUGUUGGUGAGCCUGGCCCAGCUGGCUCCAAAGGAGAGACCGGUAACAAGGGUGAGCCUGGUUCUGCUGGGCCCCAAGGUCCUCCUGGCCCCAGUGGAGAAGAAGGAAAGAGAGGCUCGCCUGGCGAACCUGGAUCUGCUGGCCCUGUGGGGCCUGCUGGACUGAGAGGCAGUCCUGGCUCUCGUGGUCUUCCUGGAGCUGAUGGUAGAGCUGGUGUCAUGGGUCCCCCUGGAAGUCGUGGUUCAAGUGGCCCUGCUGGAGCCCGAGGCCCUAAUGGAGAUCCUGGUCGCCCAGGAGAACCUGGCCUCAUGGGACCCAGAGGUCUUCCUGGUUCCCCUGGAAGUGUCGGCCCAUCUGGUAAAGAAGGUCCUGUAGGCCUCCCUGGUAUUGAUGGCAGACCUGGCCCUAUUGGCCCAGCUGGAACAAGAGGCGAGGCUGGCAAUAUUGGAUUCCCUGGACCCAAAGGCCCCACUGGUGACCCUGGCAAAAAUGGUGAUAAAGGACAUCCUGGUCUUGCUGGUGCUCGGGGUGCUCCAGGUCCUGAUGGGAAUAAUGGUGCUCAGGGACCUCCUGGACCCCAGGGUGUCCAAGGUGGCAAAGGUGACCAGGGUCCUGCUGGCCCUCCAGGCUUCCAGGGUCUGCCUGGCCCCUCGGGUACCACUGGUGAAGUUGGCAAACCAGGAGAAAGGGGUAUCCCUGGUGAAUUUGGCCUCCCUGGUCCUGCUGGUCCUAGAGGGGAACGGGGUCCCCCAGGGGAGAGUGGAGCUGCUGGCCCUUCCGGUCCUGUUGGAAGCCGAGGUCCCUCUGGCCCCCCAGGGCCUGAUGGAAACAAGGGUGAAGCUGGUGCCAUCGGUGCCCCAGGCAACGCUGGUGCUUCUGGCCCUGGUGGGCUCCCAGGGGAGAGAGGUGCUGCUGGCAUGCCUGGAGGCAAGGGAGAAAAGGGAGAAACUGGCCUCAGAGGUGAAACUGGUAACACUGGCAGAGAUGGAGCUCGUGGUGCUCCUGGUGCUGUAGGUGCCCCUGGUCCUGCUGGAGCCACAGGUGAUCGGGGUGAAGCUGGUUCUGCUGGUCCUGCUGGCCCAGCUGGUCCUCGAGGUAGCCCUGGUGAACGUGGUGAGGUUGGUCCUGCUGGACCCAAUGGAUUUGCUGGUCCUGCUGGUGCUGCUGGUCAAGCUGGUGCUAAAGGAGAGAAAGGAACCAAAGGCCCUAAGGGUGAAAAUGGUGUCGUUGGUCCUGCCGGGCCUGUUGGAGCUGCUGGGCCAUCUGGUCCAAAUGGUCCCCCUGGGCCUGUUGGCGGUCGUGGUGAUGGAGGGCCCCCUGGUAUGACUGGUUUCCCUGGUGCUGCUGGACGAACUGGUCCCCCUGGACCCAGUGGUAUUACUGGCCCUCCUGGUCCUCCUGGUGCUGCUGGUAAAGAAGGGCUUCGUGGUCCUCGUGGUGACCAAGGUCCAGUGGGAAGAACUGGAGAAACAGGUGCAUCUGGCCCUCCUGGCUUUACUGGUGAGAAGGGUCCCUCUGGAGAGCCUGGUACUGCUGGACCCCCUGGCACACCAGGUCCUCAGGGUCUUCUUGGUGCUCCUGGCAUUCUGGGUCUGCCUGGCUCUCGAGGUGAACGUGGUCUGCCAGGUAUUGCUGGUGCUUUGGGUGAACCUGGUCCUCUGGGCAUCUCAGGUCCUCCUGGUGCCCGUGGUCCUCCUGGUGCUGUGGGCAAUCCUGGAGUCAAUGGUGCCCCUGGUGAAGCUGGCCGUGAUGGAAAUCCUGGCAGUGAUGGUCCCCCAGGUCGUGAUGGUCAACCUGGACACAAGGGAGAUCGUGGUUACCCUGGCAAUGCUGGUCCCGCUGGUGCUGCAGGUGCACCUGGUCCUCAUGGCCCUGUGGGUCCUGCUGGCAAACAUGGAAACCGUGGUGAACCUGGUGCUGCUGGUUCUGUUGGUCCCGUUGGUGCUGUUGGUCCAAGAGGUCCUAGUGGCCCUCAAGGUGUGCGAGGAGACAAGGGAGAGCCUGGAGAUAAAGGACACAGAGGUCUUCCUGGACUAAAGGGGCACCCUGGAUUGCAGGGUCUUCCCGGCCAUGCUGGCCAACAUGGUGACCAAGGUUCUCCUGGCCCCGUGGGUCCUGCUGGCCCUAGGGGUCCUGCUGGUCCCUCUGGCCCUGCUGGCAAAGAUGGUCGCUCUGGACAACCUGGUGCAGUCGGACCUGCUGGUGUUCGAGGCUCUCAGGGUAGCCAAGGUCCUGCUGGCCCUCCUGGUCCCCCAGGUCUCCCUGGACCUCCUGGCAUAAGUGGAGGUGGUUAUGACUUUGGUUUUGAUGGAGAUUUCUACAGAGCUGACCAGCCUCGCUCACCACCUUCUCUCAGACCCAAGGAUUAUGAAGUCGAUGCUACUCUGAAAUCUCUCAACAACCAGAUUGAGACUCUUCUUACUCCUGAAGGCUCUAGAAAGAACCCAGCACGCACAUGCCGGGACUUAAGACUCAGUCACCCAGAAUGGAGCAGCGGUUAUUACUGGAUUGACCCUAACCAAGGAUGCACUAUGGAUGCUAUCAAAGUGUUCUGUGAUUUCUCUACUGGGGAAACCUGCAUCCAGGCCCAACCUGUCAACCCCCCAGCCAAGAACUGGUACAGGACCUCCCAGACCAACAAGCACAUCUGGUUGGGCGAAACUAUCAAUGGUGGCAGCCAGUUUGAAUACAAUGUAGAAGGAGUUACCUCCAAGGAAAUGGCUACUCAAUUUGCCUUCAUGCGCCUGCUUGCCAACCGAGCCUCCCAGAACAUCACCUACCAUUGCAGGAACAGCAUUGCAUACCUGGAUGAGGAGACUGGCAGCCUGAACAAGGCUGUCAUUCUACAGGGCUCAAAUGAUGUGGAACUUGUUGCUGAGGGCAACAGCAGGUUCACUUACACUGUCCUUGUAGAUGGAUGCUCUAAAAAGACAGAUGAAUGGGGAAAGACAAUCAUUGAGUACAAGACCAACAAACCGUCCCGCCUGCCAUUCCUUGAUAUUGCACCUUUGGACAUCGGUGGUGCUGACCAAGAAUUCUAUGUGGACGUUGGCCCAGUGUGUUUCAAAUAAAUGAACUCAACCUAAAUUAAAAGCCAAAAACCCAGAAACCUGAAAAAGAAACUUUCUCUUUGCCAUUUCUUCUUCUUUUUUAACUGAAAGCUGAAUCCUUCCAUUUCUUCUGCACAUCUCCUUGCUUAAAUCAUGGGCAAAAGAGAAGGAUUGAUAGAGCAUUGUGCAAUACAAUUCAGUUGACUCCCCUCCCCUCCCCCAAACGUUUUGAAUUUUUUUUUCAACACUCUGACACCUGUUGUGGAAAAUGUCAACCUUUGUAAGAAAACCAAAAUAAAAAUUGAAAAAUAAAAUAAAAAUAACCAUGAACAUUUGCACCACUUGUGGCUUCUGACUAUCUUCCACAGAGGGAAGUUUAAAACCCAAACUUCCAAAGGUUUAAACUACCUCAAGACACUUUCCUAUGAGAGCAACACAUUUUGUUAGGUGUGGACCUGGACAGACAUGAACUGAGGUACUUGUUUUGUUUUGUUCACAGUGCAAAGGUGCUAAUCAAUAGUAUUUCAGAUACUUGAAGAAUGUCAACGGUGCUAGAAGAAUUAGAAAAUACUCAUCUGUACUGAGUUGUGUCAUGUGGUUUUUUAUUUGAUUCAGUGUCCGUAUUUUCCGUCAUAUCCCCAAGUAAAAGUAUGAAGAUCAUUUGCCCAAGUUGUUCUCUUCUUUAUAUUCAGUAUUUGUUUUCUACCAGUCUCAUUUUCUUUCUUUUCCAUGGCUCCAAAAAAGUCUUGUUUCUUUGACAAGCAGAAAAAUUAAAUUGUACCUAUUUUGUAUAUGUGAGAUGUUUAAAUAAAUUGUGAAAAUGAAAUAAA